GAACCGAAUCCCUAGCGUUCUUCUCCUUCUACUCCCGCCUUCGGCCACCCAGGGCCGCCGCCGCCACAUUCUCUUGGAAUUCGGACGGGCAGAGAUCAUCACUUAGUUUCCAGUGAUCACAUCAAUGGGCACAAAUCGGAAGAGACGUCGCAACAUGAAGGUAGAUGAUGAGGUUUUGGAGGAUUCCAGUACAAUCAUGUCUGAUGCUGAGGGCUCAGUUGGGAGCGAUCUCAUGGAGGAAGAGGCUAAUUUUUCCACUAAAGUUAAGGCUAAAGAGCACAAGGAGGAGUUACAUAGGCUUCAGGAAAAGGACCCUGAGUUUUAUCAGUAUUUGAAGGAUUUUGAUAAGGAACUUCUAGAUUUCAAUGACGAAGAAUUUGAUGAUGAUGAAGGAAUUGAUGUGGAAGAUGCAGAACAUCCAUCAGAUGAUAUACAGAAGCCACUAGCCAAGGCUAUUACAUCUGAAAUGAUUGACACCUGGUGCAAGGCUGUGAAAGAUGGAAAGCUUGGUGGAGUUCGUUCGAUGCUGCGAGCUUUCAGGACUGCAUGCCAUUAUGGUGAUGAUGGUGAAAAGGAUUCUUCGCAAUUGAAUAUUAUAUCCAGCUCUGUAUUUAAUAAAAUAAUGGUGUUUGUCUUAAAUGAGAUGGAUGGAGUUCUCCGUGGGUUGCUGAAGGCCCCAGGUUCUGGUGGAAAGAAGGAAACAAUUUUAGAACUAACCAGCACUCCAUUGUGGAAAAAGCAUGGAAACUUGAUGAGGAUAUAUCUUGGCAAUGCUCUUCAUAUAUUAAACCAAAUGACAGAUGAGCAAAUGAUCUCAUUCACCUUGAAACGGGUCAAGGCAUCAGCUGUCUUUUUGGCUGCAUUCCCCAGUCUUUUGAGGAAGUACAUUAAGGUUUCACUUCACACCUGGGGGACUGGCAGAGGUGCCCUUCCAGUUGUUUCAUUUCUUCUGCUGAGAGACUUGUGUGUUCGCAUUAGUACAGAUUGCCUUGAUACAUGUCUUAAAGGCGUGUACAAGGCUUAUGUUUUAAAUUGUAAAUUAUCCAAAUCUGCAAGCAGAUCAAAUUUGCAGCAUAUUUAUUUUCUUGGGAACUGUAUCACUGAGCUAUACGGUAUCGAUCCGCCUAGUGCAUAUCAGCAUGCGUUUGUCUUUAUUCGCCAAUUAGCAACCAUUUUACGUGGUGCAGUUACAGAAAGGGGGCCCAAGGCGGUGAAGGACAAAAAGAAAGGGAAAAAACAGCAAGAAAGUAGCAAGAGUACAAAGAAACCAAGUGAUAAAGCAUAUCAGAAAGUGUUUGAUUGGCAGUUCAUUUGCUGCCUUGAGCUUUGGACUAGUGUCAUCUGUGCGUACAAUUCAGAAGCUGAUUUUAGGCCUCUUGCAUACCCACUUACUCAGAUCAUUUCUGGAGUGGCUUGCUUGGUUCCCACAGCACGUUAUUUCCCAGUUAGGAUACGAUGCAUAAAAAUGCUCAAUCGUUUAGCUGCAGCCACAGGCACCUUUAUUCCUGUGUCUUCACUCUUACUGGAUAUGUUGGAAAUGAAAGAAUUGAAUAGUCCUACUACUGGAGGCAUUGGCAAAGCAGUCAAUUUCCUUGGUGUUAAACAGUUGGACAAGACCACAUUAAAGACACGAGCAUUUCAGGAGGCAUGUGUAUUCUCUAUAGUUGAAGAACUCACUGAACAUUUAGCUCAGUGGAGCUACUCUGUAGCCUUUUUUGAGCUGUCAUUUAUCCCACUAGUUCGGCUUCGCAACUUUUGUAAAUCCACAAAAGUUGAUAAAUUUCGAAGAGAAAUAAAGGAGCUCAUACGGGAGAUUGAGGCCAAUUUGAACUUCACAAAUUCAAAGCGCAUGAAUAUUGAGUUCUCUCCUGAUGAUCCUGCUGUAGAAUCAUUCCUCAAGAUUGAGAAAGAGUCAGGGUCAAGCCCGCUCUCAACAUAUGCUGCUAAUAUACGACUUAAAGCACAACAGAGGAGUGAUGCAAUGGCAGAAUCCAGUGUUAUUGUGGGAGCAGAAUCUUCUGUAUUUGGCAGUAGAAAGACUCAGAAUGAAGACGACGACGAUGAAGAUGAUGAUGAUGAUGAUGAUGAAGAAGAAGGGGAUGUUGAAGAGGGUGCUGCUGUUUUUAGUUCAUCUUGGAUGCCUGAAAAGAAACCCAAGAUUAAAGAGGAAAAAUCUAAACCUUCAAAGAAGAGGCAGCAUGACGAGGAUCAUGAUGAUGGUGGUGUUGCAGAUUCAGAUGAGGAUAUAGUGGAGGAUCUAGUGCUCAGUUCAGAUGAUGAUGAUGAUGAUGAUGAUGAUGAUGAUGAUGAUGGCAGUGAUUCUCCUGCUGAAGAGGACAGAAAUGGCUCAAAGAAAAUGCUAAAACACGAGAAAAAUAAGCAAACAGCGAGCAAGUCGAGAAGAAGACACAAGCCACGGCAUAAGAAGAGGAAAAAAGGUGCAAAACCUUGAUUUGCAGAAACAUCAAAUCACAGAAGAUCAGACUGCAUUCCUUCUCACUUGGCGCAUCAUUUGAGGACCAUGCACUUCACCCAGGUGAAUUGUUUUCAAACUUAUUUUUGACACCCUAUUAUGAUUUAGUAUUUGUUAGAAGACUUCGAGUAUAAUCUUUUACGUUUAUCUGUCAACAAAAAUAGCAAAAUCACUUCCUUUUUUUGUGCAUUAUGAUCUUUUGCUCAUCCAAAUGUCAUCAUUUUUGGGAUAUAUAAUGUUAAGAAAUAUUUUUCACUACAUUU